UCAAACCUUUCCUUCAUCUUUCCACAUUCUAAUUUCACCUCAUUUCCAAUUUUACAGAAAAAACUUAUCUCAGAUCACUUAACAAGAACAAGUAUUUGGAUUGAAUAUUCUGAUAUUUAUAUCCAUUUUCAACAACAUUCUUGAUAUUACAUAUUUAGGCAUAUUAGCAAACAAAGAAUUAAAUCAAGAGGUACAAAAUGGUCUUAGAGCAGCUUUUCCAAGAGCAAAUAGAAGAAACUACCUUUGAUGAUCACGAUAUUUCCUUAGAGAACUGGAAGAUAGUUGAUGCUAAGCAAGAAGACAAUCUCUCCGGAGGUUUUGAGUGUAAUAUAUGCCUGGAUCAUGUACAUGAUCCUGUUGUUACCUUAUGUGGUCACCUCUAUUGUUGGCCUUGCAUCUACAAAUGGAUACACUUCCAGAGCAUUUCUUCUGAAAAUACCGAUAACCAACAGCCACAAUGUCCUGUUUGCAAAGCUGAAGUCUCACAGAAUACAUUGAUUCCACUCUAUGGUCGCGGUCAAGCUACAAAACCAUCCGAGGACAAGGCCCCGAAUCUUGGUAUAGUCAUUCCACAAAGGCCUCCUAGUCCAAGAUACGGGGCUCAGACACUGAUAGCAACUACUAAUUCACAUCCAGCCCAUCAACUUCACCAUCGAAAUUAUCCUCAGCAGUCUCCAACACAUGAAAUGUAUACGACAGAACCAAUGCUAAGCCCCAGUGGCACGUCAACAGGGGAAAUUGUUUAUGCACGGAUGUUUGGAAAUUCAUCGGCUACUUUUUAUGCAUAUCCAAGUUCAUAUAAUCUAGCAGGGACUAGAAGUCCAAGGUUAAGAAGGCAACUAUCACAGGCUGAUAGAUCACUUAGCAGAAUUUGUUUUUUCUUAUGCUGUUGUUUAGUGACAUGUCUCAUCUUGUUCUGAUGACCACCUUCUCCGCUUGCUCAUACUUUGUAAAAUACUUAGUAGUUUAGUACUGUAAUAGAUAAUAAUAUACGGCUUGACUCAAUGUAACAGAUCACCCGGCUUUCAUACAGGAAAGGAAAGACCCCGCAUUUUUGUACUCUCCAACUUGGAGAUCCUCAAAACAAUCAGAAUAUAGUUUCUAGUUCACUAUUCUUAUGAUAAGAA